CACUAACCUCACCACCUCUAAUCCAAGCCUCCUUCCACGCCCUCCCCUUCCCAUCAGACAGGAAGCAAGCAAAAAGAAAAAUGACCGACUCGGCCCCUGCCCCUGCCCCUGCCCCUUUCUGGUGGGUUGACAAAGGCGACAAUUCAUGGCAGAUGACAGCGUCGACCCUGGUCGGCCUCCAAAGCGUGCCGGGCCUGGUCAUCCUCUACGGCAGCAUCGUCAAAAAGAAGUGGGCAGUGAACUCGGCCUUCAUGGCCCUCUACGCCUUCGCUGUCGUCCUCAUCUGCUGGGUGACCUGGGGUUUCCACAUGUCCUUCGGCAAUGAGCUCGUCCCCUUCUUGGGCAAGCCCAACUUCGCCCUAUCCCAGAAUUACCUCCUGGCACAGUCCUCGCCUUACAACUUUCCUCAGGCCACCUUCGUCUUCUUUCAGUUUGUUUUCGCCGCCAUCACCGUCAUCCUGGUCGCCGGGUCGCUCCUCGGGAGGAUGAACUUCCAUGCAUGGAUGCUGUUUGUGCCCCUAUGGAUGACCUUCUCCUACACCGUUGGGGCCUUCAGCGUCUGGAGCACCAGCGGUUUCUUGUUUAAGAAGGGGGUCAUCGAUUUCUGUGGAGGCUACGUGAUUCACCUCUCGUCAGGGAUUGCCGGAUUUACUGCUGCAUACUGGGUGGGGCCACGGACAAGCAAUGACAAGGAGAGGUUCCCACCCAACAAUAUUCUGCUGAUGUUGGCCGGCGCAGGGCUGCUGUGGAUGGGUUGGACCGGGUUCAAUGGAGGCGGGCCGUAUUCUGCAAAUGUCGAUGCGGCUCUCGCCGUUUUGAACACCCACGUGUGUGCUGCCACCAGCCUCCUUGUUUGGCUCUGCCUCGACAUCUUCUUCUUCACCAAACCAUCCGUCAUUGGUGCUGUUCAAGGCAUGAUCACUGGACUCGUCUGCAUCACUCCUGCAGCAGGAGUGGUGCAGAGUUGGGCGGCCAUCAUCAUGGGCAUCCUCUCCGGCAGCAUCCCAUGGUACACCAUGAUGAUUCUCCACAAGAACAUCCAGUUCCUCAAGCAAGUCGAUGACACCAUGGCCAUCUUCCACACCCAUGCUAUCGCCGGCAGUCUCGGUGGCAUCCUCACCGGGCUCUUCGCCGAGCCCCAUCUGAAUAAAAUCUUUUAUGAUAGCGAUGAGGACUACCACAUCGGCUUAUUCUACGGCCUGACGGAUGGCCGUGCGAGCGAUGGUUUCCGCCAGUUAGGCAUCCAGCUCGCCGGAAUCCUCUUCAUCAUCUCUGUCAAUGUUACAAUGACUACCAUCAUCUGCUUGGUCAUCCGGCUGAUCGUGCCGCUUCGCCUCAGCGAAGAGGACUUGCAGACAGGCGACGACGCCAUCCACGGUGAGGAGGCAUAUGCGCUGUGGGGCGAUGGAGAGAAGUUUGAGAACACCAAACACAACAAUCUCUAUGACCUCGAGGAGUUUCCGGCGGCGGUGCCGGCCAAGGCUGGUCAGAUGGAGUGAGGGGAGCCCCGCAGCACUGCAGAUUGCUGUUGACCCGACCCGAGAAACUAAACGGAAAUGUUCGAGGAAAAGCUAGAUGUUUCUUGCAUGCAUGUCUUUACCGGCCGGGAUCGAGUUGUUUCUCGCGUGCCAUUAUGGAUAUUGUAGCUAGUCUUCUUCAUUUUCACAAUAAUAAAAGUUGUGCUAUGGAAAUUCACCGAGUCCUGAUCGACAAUGUAGUUUAUUUUUGUCACACCUCCGAUCCGAGAUUAUGAA